AUGACUUCUGAGGUACUGAUACUUUAUGAAAUGGUGCUUGAUAGCUGGAAAUCGGUUAUCAAGUUUCAAACUGCUCUUGGAGGAGUUACGUUUAUUUUGUCUCUUGGAUCGCUGAGUUACAUUCUUGGCACUUUACGAGAGUAUCAUGACCAAGAUAUAUUGAACUUCAACUGCGAUCCCAAACCCAGUGAUUUUAUCAAACAACGUUGCUAUGACAGCUACAUUUCUACAGUUACCGAGCCGUAUGGGUUAAUACCUCAGGAUUUUGUUGCCAUAACACUCGGUGUUUUGUGUUUAUGCGGGGUCAGCUUUGCAAUUUGUGGUACUGUGGCCCUUCGAAAAAGACCAGGAGACAGAAAUAACAGAAACGCAGAAAGAUUUCUUCUCAUCUACUUCAUCCAUGUAUUACUUCGAAUAUUAUUCCUGGGUGUCAUGUUAGGGCUGGUCUGCAGUUACCACACACUUUCUUUACCAUCCGUUUUUAAGUGUGAUAAGCAGACCAACAGUCAAACCACGCCAAGUCCUCUUAACCAGACAAAAAUAUCGUUGCAAUGUAAUGAUUAUCGUCACAAGGGGAAAUCAGACCAAACUAUAGCUUUUAUCUCUGUUUGUGCCAUUGUCAUGGUGCUUAGUAUAUGCGAAGUCCUGCACUUGCGCUGUAACAGGAAAAACUUUCUGUCCGCGCUCAUUGGAGACACUGGUGAUUACAUGUUACUGCCAUGUUUACCUGAGAAACCGACCAUCACAAAUACAGAAACGGAAGUUGACAAGGAUUUCAUUGUUAUGUGGUCAGAGGCUGAGGCCAACAGCAGUAAUCGCAGCAUUAAAUACCGUCUGGAAUGGAGGAAACAACCGGUGACAGGAUCCACAGAAACGGCUCAACGAGAAAAUAUAAAGAGAACACACCUCAAGAUUACUGGUCUUGAGUAUGACAUAGAGUAUGAAGUGAAACUGUUUGCUGUCAACGAACAAGGAGACAGUGAGCCAGAUGUCAGAACAUUUAAGACAAAGAGUGAUUUUCACUUCUCCUUUGACGACAUCUACACCAGACUUAAAGUCAUCUACAGAAAGAAAACGAAAGGAACAGCAACAGACCGAGUUGUAACGAUGUCUGAAAUCUUCAACCAGCACGAAGAAUGUGAAGAACCAAGAGUAGUGUUAAUUGAAGGGAAGCCUGGUAUGGGAAAGACCACUUACUGUAAAAAAGUUGUUUUCGACUGGGCCUCAGGAAAACACGCAACCGGAAAUUGCUUCGCAAACAUCGUAAUAGUGCUUUUGAUCAAAUGUCGUGAUGUUCAGUCUGGCCUUUGGGAGGCCAUUGAAGAUCAACUUCUGCCUCGAGAAGUUGGUGAAGACCAACGUGAGAGAUUCUUCGACUUCAUUCGCCACAAUCAAUCUAAUGUUCUUCUGGUACUCGAUGGAUUGGAUGAAGUUUCUGAGAAGAAGCUACCUAUGUUUUCAGAAAUUAUUCAAGGGCGAGUACUGCCAAACUGUCGCGUGGUUGCUACGGCACGACACGAAGCUGGAGUCAAAGUUCGAAAAUACUGCGACACGCUGUUAGAAGUUGAGGGAUUUACUGAAGAAGAUGUACAAUCCUUCAUCAUAAGGUACUUCAAAGACGAACGAAACUUGGCCAUGCAGCUUAUCAAACACCUGUUUAUUGAUCGCAAGUUAUAUGAAAUAUUGACGAAUCCUCUCAACACUGCGCUUCUUUGCCUGGUCUAUGAAGAUUUGAAAGGUGUAUUUCCUGAAAGCAGAACGAAGCUGUACAUGGAAAUAGUGGAGUGUGUACUAAGGAGGUACAGAACAAAGCAGCAACUACCAGAAAACGGUGAAGACCUUGUUGACCUUUACGAAAGCCAAUUGAAACACCUUGGUUCGAUAGCUUUGAAAGGUUUACUUGAAGACAACUUGGAUUUUGACGAGAAGGAGCUUGGAAAACACAAAGCAAGCGAUUUACCUGGAUUUGGAUUUCUGUCAGUUCAGCCUGGAGGCAGUAAACUAAGACCAACUAGACGUUAUAGCUUUCUUCACAAGACUUUCCAAGAAUUCUUCGCAGCCUUCUAUCUCAGUUGUCAGCUUAUCCAGAAAGAAAUCAGUACGAACAGCAUAGCUGCUGGCAAAAAAUAUCGCCAUCAACUGAAAGAAGUGCUUCUGUUUACAUUUGGUAUGCUAGCAGCACGAUGCGAGGAAACAGUGGUGAACCUUCUGAAAAGCAUAGCAACACAGUUAAACCAGGAAGAAGAGGAAGACGUGGACGUUAUAUUAGAGUGUGUUAAUGAAUGCAAAAAGAAGAACAAAAAUGUUGAUGAAAAAUUGGCUACCGCUCUUGGCGCUUCUCUUCAAACUGAAACUGUUAAAGUUUCAAGUGUAAAAGUGGAUGAAACUCUAGCUGUCUUUUUAAGCAACUUUCUGAAAACAAAUACAACUGUGACAAAAUUAACAUUGAGUAUCUCUUCGCAAGAUGGGGUUGCCGCUCUUGCAGAGUGUUUGAAAUAUAAUGCAUCGCUGGAAACGUUGAAUUUGAGUUAUAAUGGAAUUGGUGAUGAUGGUGCUGCUGCUCUGGGUGAGUGUUUGAAAUAUAACAAAUCGCUGACAACGUUGGAUUUGAGAAAUAAUCGAAUUGGUGAUGAUGGUGCUGCUGCUCUGGGUGAGUGUUUGAAAUAUAACAAAUCGCUGACAACGUUGUAUUUGAGACAUAAUCGAAUUGGUGAUGAUGGUGCUACUGCUCUGGGUGAGUGUUUGAAAUAUAACAAAUCGCUGACAAUGUUGAAUUUGAGUUGGAAUUGCAUUGGUUAUGAUGGUGCUGCUGCUCUGGGUGAGUGUUUAAAAUAUAACAAAUCGCUAACAAGGUUGGAUUUGAGUAAAAAUGGAAUUCCUGGUGAUGGUGCUGCUGCUCUAGGUGAGUGUUUGAAAUAUAACAAAUCGCUGAGAACGUUGAUUUUGAAUCAUUCUAAAAUUGGUGAUGAUGGUGCUGCUGCUCUGGGUGAGUGUUUGAAAUAUAACAAAUCGCUGACAACGCUGAAUUUGGGUAGCAAUAAAAUUGGUGAUGAUGGUGCUGCUGCUCUGGUUGUUACGUAGGAGUGUCAUCCACAUGUGACAAUACUUGCAAUAAAUAGAACCCCUCUAGGACAUGGCUACCUUGCCUUAUGACCAACUUUAAGAAGCGUUUACGUCAGGAAUAAGCAGCGAUUAAUGACUCUGACCUUGAACAGGGUAAAUGUACAGUAGCUUCCAUUUAUCGAUAUCAGUAUUAGUAUAAGACUUACGUAGCAUCUGUUUGCCAAGAUUAUUUACUUUUGUAAGAGCUUUUAUAAAAGCGUGUACGUUUAGUCAAGAGACCGUUACACUUUAUUACAAUCUUAUCUACACAACUUUUACCUUGUCACGUUUAAUGGAUAAAGCUGUUAAAAGAAACUAUGCUUCAUCUGUAACGCGCGUGCGUGUAAACCACCAGAUUAUCCGCGCGAGGAUAAUUUGGAAACAUUGGACUGCCUCGGAUUUUGUUGUAGUUGAAAAUCGGAUGUAAUAUUUUUUGUCUUUAGUAAUAAAUUCUGCUCAUAUAUAUAUAUUUUCUAGAGGGACUGCCAUAAUUGGUUUAAGGUUAGAGUAAUUAUUCUUUGGUGAUCAGUUACUUGAUUCUCAUAAACUUACUUUAGUGUGAUAAUGUGCUGACACUUUUAAGUCCUGUGAGAAAUUUGAAGUUGAUAAUUCUUAGGGUGCAAAGAGUUAAUUAAUAGAGUUGUAGCCAUGUUGUAUGGUAAGACUCUUUAUGAUGACUACAUGAGGCUUUGUUGUAGGCUGUGAAGAACAAUCUAUUUUUCGAAGUGAACUUUUUUUAGAAAAGUUGUUACAAGACAUUUUUUAAUUUUGUAAGGGUAUGUUUACUUGAACCAUUUAUGUAUUUCUUAAGACGUAACUGAUAUAA